GUUGCUGAAGCCAUUAGAGGGAUGGUUGUACGAGGUGCCCCAGCUAUUGGUAUCACAGCAGCUUAUGGACUAGCAUUGGCAGAGCUUGGUGGGGAAAACAUUCAGGAAGCGUAUGAGCGAUUGUUAGCAAGUCGACCUACAGCGGUUAAUCUGAAAUGGGCGCUAGAUAAGGUGCUGGCUGCUGCUGAUAAGGUAAAAGCAAGCCAGGAGCUCCACGAAGAAGAUGUAGAGAUAAAUAAACUGCUCGGUGAGAAUGGAGCUAAUCUACUGGAAGGAGGAGUGCUCACCAUCUGUAAUACUGGAGCACUGGCUACUGGAGGACAUGGUACUGCUCUUGGUAUGGUUAGAAGUGCUCUAGAAAAGGGAAGAAAGGUUCAUGUGUACGCUUGUGAAACAAGACCUUAUAAUCAGGGAGCUCGACUAACUACCUGGGAGUGUGUACAGGAUAAUAUUCCUUGUACGCUUAUUACAGAUUCAAUGGCAGGAUUUCUUAUGAAACAGGGAAAAGUACAAGCAGUUAUAGCAGGCUGUGAUAGGGUUGCUAGGAAUGGAGAUACAGCAAACAAAAUUGGAACUUACUCUCUGGCAGUCUUGGCAAAUUAUCACAAGAUUCCAUUCUAUAUUGGGAUGCCUAUGUCUACCCUGGAUAUGAAUUGUCCAUCAGGAGACAAUAUUCCUAUUGAAGAACGUCCUCCAGGUGAGCUAUUCUCUGCCCUUCCUUCUGUUGGAGUUUGGAAUCCUGCUUUUGAUGUUACACCAGCAAAUCUUAUCACAGGUUGGGUCAGUGAAGAGGGAGUGUGGACCAAGGAUAAAUUUUGGAUCUAAGUUUUUUUUGAAAAUAAAUAAAUUUUUUGUAAUCUUUACAAUAUAAAGACGGCUAUGGAAGAACGUAUCGAUUACAACUAAAAAUCAU